AUAUAAAAUCAUCUGGCACACAUUAGACAGCAGGUGGAACCAUUGGUGGGUUCACUGGGUUUUCUGGUUGAAUGUUAAAAUUCUAGGAAAACAUCACAGAUACCUGUCAUGAAGCUGAUAGCUGUCUUCCUGCUGGUGACCAUCAGCAUCUAUAGUUACUCUGCUAUUGCCUUCCUUAUUAACAAGGUGCCUGUCCUUGGGGACAAGAUGUUACCAUUACCUCUGGACAAUGUUCUUCCCUUCCUGGAUCCAUUAAAGCUUCUUCUGGAAACUCUGGGGAUUUCUGUUGAGCACCUUGUGGAAGGGCUAAGGAAGUGUGUGAAUGAACUUGGACCAGAGGCUUCUGAGGCUGUGAAGAAACUGCUGGAGGCCCUAUCACACUUGGUAUAACAUCAGGGAAGAGAAAGACAGAAGAUAGAAUCACACUGAGGAAGAAACUUCCAUUCUCCCCAACUAAAAUCCAUUUUCUCCAACUAUACACUCCAUAUCGUAAGAUGUACCUAGUCCUGAAAAGAAUAAAUUAAGCAAUGAAAAGA